AUGCGGCUUCUGGCAUAUCUGCAAAGUCUAGCCUGGUGCAUUUUCCUAGUCCAUGGCAACGUAGAGAAGACUAUCUUCCUUGCACCAGAAGCUAUUCAAAUCUCUCAACAGCAUCCGAAUCUUGAAGACCUUAAGCUCGAAGUGUUGUCUUCCUCAAACCCAACACUACGCCGCCAGCUAUCAGCAGCAUUUCCAAAGUCUGCCAGUCCAAAAGGCAUUGCAGCAUGGUUUCUACUUGACAAACUGACGCAGCACCAGCGCUACGAAGUUCGCAUCUGCUGGGCGGCAACGCAACCAACUUCCUUCACACUCAACACUUACCAAUUACAAGAAGUUUUCGACACGCCAGAGCUAAUCACUUCUCUCGCUGAUUACUCUGACUCACGUCAGACUAUUCUUGCACCAGAUCAGAGUCCUGAUUAUCACCGAGUGGAUAGCAAUCCAGAAUCUCUUCUUCUCCUUCAAGUGUUUGCUGCUGCAGAUUACUUCACCACCAAUAAGACGCUUAUGCAAGAUGUUCCGCCUGUGAAUGUCGACAUCAGUGAGCCAGAACUCUUCUCUAGUUGCGAUCGUGGUGAGCUGAUCGCGUUCACAGUCCUGGACCCGUUCCUACUCAACCAGUGUUUGCCUGGCAUCUCUCGGAAUACAUCUGGCAAGGUCUCUCUCAGAUCUCCCGAACUUCCCAAAAGCAAUAUGCCCCACUCGACGGUUCCGAGGCAGGACAACGGAGCAAGAAAGUCAAUUGAAGAGCGUUUCCAGGCUGGGCUGCAACUCCAGGCGCUUUACGCUCUCCCCAUCUACCAACUUCCCGCUGAACUUAUGCUUAACAUCCUGGAUCGCGUUGAGUUUCGCGACUACCCGCCUCUUAUCACGGCUACUUGGCACCUUCUGCGCCACAAAGGCAUCGCUCCAACCUGGCCGACCGCCAGGCUCAAGCAGAUCCUCGUGGAGCCUCGGUGUGGCUUCUAUCGCUCUUUCGAGGACGUCAUUGAUCAGUCAAAGGAGGAUGAAAGCUACCUACCGUUCAACCUGCGCAAACUCAUCCUGCACCAUCUUGCGCCUAGACCUUCUUUCUUCACCACCUUCACGAACAUGGGGCUUCGGCUGAGAGGUGGAUUUGAGCGUUUGCCCACCGAGCUUCGCGACGCGAUAUUUCGUCACUUCGAUCCUGCGACGAACAUUCUCGUUGCGCUGGCGUGCUUCAGAUUCUCUGAUCGCGACAUUCAGUGGUUGACUCACGAGAAAGUCUGA